AUGAUGUUCUGGGAUGUGUCCAUAGACUUCUCUCUGCAGGAAUGGGAAUGCCUGGACUCUGAUCAGAUGAAUUUAUACAGAGAUGUGAUGUUGGAGAAUUACAGCAACCUGGUUUCAGUGGGACUUUCCAGUUCUAAACCAGCUGUGAUCUCCUUAUUGGAACAAGGAAAAGAGCCCUGGAUGAUUGACAGAGAACUGACAAGAGGCUUGUGUUUGGAUCUGGAAUCAAAGUAUGAAAGUAAGAUAUUAUCUCUAAAGAAGAAACAUUUCAGUCAAGUAAUAUGUACCUAUGAAGACAUGCCUACUUUUAUUCAGUUCACAUUUCUUACUCCACAACACAAAAUUAUUAAUGAAGAAAAACCCUACAAAUAUAGGAAAUGUGGGAAGGCCUUUAAUCAGAAAACACAAUUUAUUCAACAUCAGAGAAUGCAUUCUUGUGAAAAACUCUAUGAAUGUAAGGAAUGUGGAAAAUCCUUUAGUCAUGGCUCACUCGUUACUCGACAUCAGAGAAUUCACACUAAUGAAAAACCCUAUGAAUGCAAGCAAUGUGGCAAGGCCUUUAGGUGUAGUUCAUACUUUUCUCAACAUAAGAGGAUUCAUACUGGUGAGAAACCUUAUGAAUGUAAGGAAUGUGGAAAAGCCUUUAAUUACUGCUCAAACCUUAAUGAUCAUCAGAGAAUACAUACUGGUGAGAAACCCUAUGAAUGUAAAGUAUGUGGGAAAGCCUUUACUAAGCGUUCACAACUUUUGCCACAUCUGAGGACUCAUACUGGUGAGAAGCCUUAUGAAUGUAAGGAAUGUGGGAAGGCAUUUACUCAACACUCAAGGCUUAUUCAGCAUCAGAGAAUGCAUACUGGUGAGAAACCUUGUGAAUGUAAGGAAUGUGGGAAGGCCUUUAGUAGUGCCUCAACACUUACUAAUCAUCACAGAAUUCAUGUUGGUGAGAAACUAUAUAAAUGUAAAGAAUGCAGAAAGGCCUUUAUUCAGAGCUCAGAACUUAUUCAACAUCAGAGAAUCCAUACAGAUGAAAAACCAUAUGAAUGUUCUGAAUGUGGGAAGGCUUUUAAUAAAGGCUCAAACCUUACUAGACAUCAGAGAAUUCACACUGGUGAGAAACCCUAUGACUGUAAGGAAUGUGGAAAGGCCUUUGGUAGUCGCUCAGACCUUAUUCGCCAUGAGGGAAUUCAUACUGAAUGA